UUCAGUGGGGUCUGGUCUCUGCGGAAAAAAAACCACUGCUUGGAAAAAUAAGCUACUUUUUUUUGCCUCUUUCUUCUUCCCUUUUUCUCAAUAUUACAAGUUUUUUUACGAGAAAAACCUUAGAAAAACGCACCUUCAACUCAAUAACACCACCGUCAACUCUUUCUUCUUCUUUUUCUUCUUACCUGCAAGUCUAUUUGUCUCAAUCUUUACUUGAUUUUAUCCAUCUGUGAUCAUGUCCGACCACGAGGAGGCCAGUCAUACAAGCACACCUUCACCGUCCGGCUCUGCGGCUUCCACCAGUCUUUCUAAUCAUGCGCCAGUGAUACGAUACUCAAAGGACAUGCUUCUCUCUCUGCACGACAGUCCACUUGUCAGCAAGCCAGACACCAUGCCGUCGCUUUCAGUUUGGUUUGGUGAGGACCCUAGCAGUGCAAACAAAGCUAUUUUGAACGGAGCCGUCAUUCCUCGUGCAAUAGACAAAAGUAUCGUUCUCGGUCCACCCAAAACCAAUUUUGCUUCCUCACUCUAUGGAGGCUUGAAACGUUCAGAAGAUAACGCUCUCUCCAAACCUUCAUACACAUCUUCCUCUUCGUUCGCAAGACAUCGUCAGACCGACGAGUCUCGGAAUAGAGAUUACGGACUCAAAGAACAUAGACCACUUCGAGGUCCUUCUCACGUGGGCGAGAAAGGAUUUCCUCAUCGAGACCGUGAACGACGAACAUCGACCCAUGGCCCAUCCUCUCAAUUGAAUAGUAAGCGACAUCCGAAUGAUCGUUUCAAUGAUCGAUCGAUGAACGGUGAUACCCCGAGAGGUCGACGUGAAUACUCGCGUGAUGCGCCAAUGCGCGGAAAUAGACCACAUGGACAAGGUAGCUACAACGAUUCAGAGCGAGUUCCGGAAUGGCUGGAUUACAGUCCAGAAGCGGAGGAAGAUGAAACCAAAGGACAAGCAACAACCCUGGAAGAAGAUGAUGCGCAGGCGAAAUUUGCGAAUGAUCUGGAAGCAUGGAAGUCCAGUAUGAAAAAACGAGAUCUUGAUGAAGCGGGAAAGACGUCCCCGUCAAUGCCACAAAAACCCAUUGAUGCAGUCGAUCAAGUGUUUAGCAGUGCUCCAUUGGAGGCACCGUUCGCCACUCCUCCCAGUGACGGAUUGGUGGAUUCUUUCUUUGACAGUAAUUUAUCACCUAUGCCGGCCAAGGGAGGUUCACGGUUUGCAAAGUUCUUUGCCAAACGAGAAGAAUCGUCGUCCAACACAUCCGCCACUCCUGUCAAUGAAAUGUCUCCAGCGGCUGAUUCGCCUUCCAAUCCCAAAUCCAUUACGCUCAAUGACUUGUUUAAAGGUGGCAGUCCUACCGUCCGCGCAUUAUCGGAAGAAGAUGUGUUGAGAAGCUUGGGUGCCUCCAAGUCGCCAUCCCAAGAAUCUCAAUCAAUUUCUCCUGCCGAGAAUGCUAUGGGUUUCAAUCGCGUACUUCAGAUCUUGUCGCAGCCAAAGCCUAUCAUGACGACUUCAGGUAAAAGCUCGCCUUCCCGUCGUCCGUUAACCUUGGCCGACAUUGAAAACCAGACCAAAGAAAUGCAUAUUCGGUCACCAAAGCAGGAUAAACAAGAAACUUAUUCGCAAGGCACGCCUUCUCCUCGCUUUGGACCUGCCCCUGCGCUUGAUAAAACAAUGGCGAAUCAGGAAAACCAGGAAACGGAAAACAAAGAUACAACCCCAGCACAUAAACCAAAGAACGUCACAUCGAGGUUUGCAGGUAACUUGCCUACGUCGGUGCUUCGGCAAAUGAGUGCGAAAUCUUCAGAAAGUCGAUCGCCAUCCAUUGUAUCCAGUAAAUCGGUGACUCCAGGCCGCACGCUGGCGAAUGAAUCGCCCUUGAUUGGUAACCGUUCACCUGGCUUGAAAUCCUCCAUUGGAUCAUCAUCACCUCAGCAAGGAGGCACAUCAGUCUCGUCGCCCGGCUUUUAUGCUUACAAUAACCAUGCAUAUCAUCAGCCCAUGUCGUCGACCUCCGGUUAUCCCAUGGGUCAUGCUCCUCCUGUCAUGGACACUAAUGGCAACCGUCCACCCAGAGACACCGCCGCAUUUGAGCAGUUAUUGCGUUAUACUGAAGGCAUGGUGCCUGUCAUGCAACCAGGUGCACAAUCGAUGAUGAAUCCAAUGAUGGCACCUCCCAUUCCAUUUACUCAGAAUCAGACACAUUCACCAUCGCAAGCUCAACAUCCAUCCCAACAUCAACAGAACAACCAUCCACAACAACCCCCAAUGCCACGUUCUUCAAUGGAUAUGUUUCUUCCGCCGCACAUGAUGCCUCCCAUGCCGCCCAUGCCUCCCGGAGCAGCAAGACCAAUGAUGCCUCCUCCUCAUCAGCUCCCCUCGCAUUUGCAAGGACAAAUGCCUCCACGGUUCCCAAUGCAACCUGAUAUGAUGCCUCCUCUUCCUGGCGAUUUCUCACGCAUGAAUAUGGCUCCUCCUCAUGUAAUGGCCAACGGAAAUGGCGCUGGUAUGCCACCGAUUGUCUUUGGAAAGAAUGAGGGAUGGAAUCGCCAUUAAAAUAUCUAAGCUUAUCACACAACUAUUCAUCAAUUGCAAAUAAAUAAAAAGCUGAUCACGGGGCUAUUUGAUGCUGAUGAGGAACCUAUUAGACCGACUGCUUUGUUCACUAUUUGCUUCU